AAAAGAGGAAACGAACAGACACAAAGAAAAGUAAAAACGAAUUUCGAAAAUUGUAUUUUGUAAUAGAAAGUUUUAAUCACAUUUCCUAAGCGAAUCAUGGCUUCCUUGCACAUUUGGCUACUUUAAGACGUGAAUGAAAUUUUAACGAUGGCCAUCAUGAAACGGACGAAAUUGUGAUCUUUGUAGAAAGAUUAAUCGAAAACUGUGGAUAAAAUUUUGGAAAAAUUCCAAAUAUGAAGAUAACAAAGUAUAAAGAUAAAUUUGAUAGAAAAUUUGUUUUUUUUUUUUUUUGUUUUUUUUAAUGAUCGAUUCAACGAUUCUUUCAGAAAUCUUUCUAGAAGAAUACAAAACACUUCGUCAAAGGCUAACGAUUCGAAAGGUAAUGAAACAUUAAGGGGAAAAAAAAAGAAGAAAUAAGAGAAACAGAGAUAAAUAAGAAAGGUUCAAUAUUCUUCCUGUCGACGAUCCAAAAAAAAAAAGAAAAAAAGCUAUUGAACAAACAUACAACCGUAAUUCUCAUCUGGCCGAUCCCCAGUCUUGCCAAUAUAUUCUGUUAAUAAGUUUGUAAUUUUUGUACUUAAUUAAUUUAUACAUGUACAUGUGUAAAACGCAUAUUUAGCAGAGCUAAGCGAGCCUUCCAUAACUUUAAUCAAAUAUUCACAUUUGCAAAGUCAAAUAAUUGUUCACGAAUUAUAUGACUAUUUGAUUAUACAUAUUUUCAUAAAAUAAAAAUAUUUCGCUGCGCGCGGGUGACAUAUUAUUUAUUACGAUACGAUGAAAGAAUUAAUUGAUUGAUAGAUAGAUAGAUAGAUUGAUUGAUUGAUUGAUUGAUUGAUUGGUUGAUUGAUUGAUUGAUUAAUAACAUUUUUAAUUUUCUGUAACAAUUAUUUUUAAUAUCAAACUGCUGCGUUGUUCGUAUGUGGCACUGCAAUAUGUUAACACUCGAUAAAAUGUUCCCUUAUCAUUGUUCGCUAAUGCAAAUCCUAAUUGACUUUGCAAUAAAAUGAAUGAAUGAAUGAAAUAGGUAUAGCUGUAAUACGGUCGGAGCGUAUUGUUAAAAAAAAAAAGAAAAAAAAAUCGUUUCAAUUGAAAAAAAAAGAAAGAAAGAAAGAAAGAAGAAAAAAAGAGAAGACAUUUUCUAUAUUUACAACAAUCAUUUGGCGUAAUCUGAUUAUUUUUUAUUUUGAAGUUUUAUUAUUGAAAUGAACAAAUUUCAAUAAAUUAUACGAGAUAUUAUUUGCCUUAUAACUAAAGUCUUUCGUUUAUGGACUUAAUGUUAUUCAUUUCGUUGCCAAUUAAAAUAAAUACUUCAACAAUUAAAAAAUUGAA